CAUCAUUAUCAUCAUCAUCAUCAUCAUUACUAAUCUUUUACUCCACAAAAUAGAAUUCUCGUCGUGGACAGCAUGGAUAUGUUCUACGACAACUUCAGAAUGUCUACAUCUGAGGUGUUGAGAGCAAUAGCUGCCAGAAUGGAGUAUGUUCCUAACUCUAUGGUGGGAAUGACGCGAACACUUACUGAGAAUGCAGCCUAUCUCUAUGAACGGUUAGACAUGGAGGUGAAGGUCGCUCAGGAUUUCACGGACAGUGAACAAAAUACGCUUCUUUACGUUACUCAAAACAGUUUUCUGGCUGAUUUAUCAGCAUUUGUGCUGAUUCGAGAUGCUCCAUUCAAGCCAAACAUUGACUACUGCUUAUUCACUUUUCACGGGGCUGGACUGAUGAAGAAGUGGGAAACGGACGUGAUGGAUAAAAUUCGCAGUGAGAGCAGGAAGAAACGGAGAAAGGAAAAGUCACAUGAAGCAAAGGAGGCUGAAGCAAAAAUCAAGCCCCUUGCUCUCGUGCAUAUGCAGGGGCCGCUCUCCCUUUACCUGGCAUGUAUCAUCAUCUCCUUUGCUGCCUUCCUCAGUGAGGCAACCUUUGGCGUCUGGUUUCAUCAACGAACAAGAAAAAUAUAAUGGUUUUCCAAGCCUCUCGUUCAGAACGCCACAGACAAAAUGCAAUCUUCGUAUGUAUAGUGAACAUUGUAUUUAAACAUAAAAAAAUAGAAAAAAUGAAAAAUGCAAGUUUUGUUCAUAUAUAAAAAAAAAAAAAAUGACGAU